GUUUUCAAUAUACAAAGUAUGCUUUGCGAUUAAUCAUGUAGUGCUUUCGUGCAAUGAAUAAUAAUAAAUAUUGAAUUUAAAAUUAAUAUGCACUUCAAGUUGAUAAUUAGUAAAUGAAAGAGGAUGAGUAGAUGAUUAGUGAAAUAAGUAGGGUUAAAAUUGUAAAAAGUCAUCAAAGUUCGUGGGGCCCACUGAUUUAUUCCUCCUAAAUCCAUCAAGCAAACGACGGAUUGUGUACAAAGUCAUUGAUACUUGGUUUUUAAGUACCAAAUCCAUGAUCAAUUCCAUGAAACAAACGAGUACUUAGUUCUGCAAGACAAAUCAAAUGAGUAAAAGACAUGAACAUGUAAGCAGUGGAGAUAAACAAUCAAGCAAAUGGCUCCGUUGUGGAAGAAUCAAGCAAGCCUCCGCCCCAGCGGUGGCUUUCUCGAAGAUCAAUCCGUCGAUUCCGUGGCAGAGAAAUCGCGAUUGAUCGUCGACGGCUGGUACGCUGCCGAGGAGGAAGACGAAGACGAAUCGGAGGGCGGCCGCGGCCUCGGCGCGAUGAUGAAGAAUCUGAUGUCGAUCGCCGGCGCGAGGAGAAUGAGGGGUCUGACGGUGUACAUCGACAAGGGAUUGCGGAAGCGGAAGAUCCCGCACAAGUACACGGGAUUCGAAGGGUUCCGGCAGCUGCUGCCGGAGAGGAUCGACGCCGACACGAUGGAUUGGAAGUCCUGCCAGCCGUUCGAGAUCGAAUCCUGCACCGCCCAGAGGUUCCGCGAAAUCCUAAGAGCCGCCGUCGAGGAAGAGGAGAUGCGGCGGCGCUACCGGCUUUGAAGGAUGGUGGUAGGCGAAGGGAUCCUUACGGGAAUUGGAAACCGAACGGUCGUUGACGGAAGGUGAGGAGACAGGAGAGACAGAGGAAGAGACGCACGGAUGGGAUGUAAUUGUUUCGUAUGAGUAACCGACUCAAUCGACGAACCGCCAGGAGAGACAGGGCAGACGAACGGUCUCUUGAGAAUGCGGUAUUGUCGGUUACAAUCACGAACGAGGUGGCGGUUACACUUCUUGGUCGACGGUUCAGAUAAGUACUCCCUUAUCAUUUAUUUAUUUAUUAUUAUUAUUAUUUAUUUAUUUCCCUUAAUAAUUUCCUUCUUUCUUUAUUUGAUUUUAAUUAUUCUUUCCAUCAUUUCUCAUAUUUAGUUCGUAUCUAUUGCCUUCUUUUUAUCAUUAUAUACUUGCAAAUUGUUAGGUCCCCGAAAUUUAGGUUGUUUCUUUUUAAUAAAAAAAAGGAGAGGUUUAGAUUUGUAACGGGUGGUGCCGGUUAUCUGGUUCCCCGAUGAUCUGGUUCACUAUUUCAAGGGCGAAAUGCUGCCUUGUGUCUAUGUUGACUUGUUGGCUCUUUUGCCUGGAUUGUCCUAGUAGGGGCAUUUGUUUGCUCAUUUUGCAGGUGAAGAUUCAAUUGCACAAUAGUCGAUCGGUGGCGGUUGUCUUGUCCACUAGUCAAGCAUAGUCACGAAGGUGGUAUUGGCUUUGUGGGUUUCCAAUCGUCAGGUAAUAUUCUCUUUGCUUUCGGAAAGUGUUAGGAAUUUGUUAUAUUGGAGGCCAUACAGUGGUGUCUGACACAUUCCUUUGUCUCUGUCAAAUUUCAUGGGGAUUCACAACAAUUGAUACGGCGGGAUGGUGGGAGGCGACUUGGCGCAAGAUCGGGGUGGAGCUCUACUGGAGGAUGCUCGGAGCUUAGCUUCUCACUUCAGCUGGAUUUCUUUCUGCUUUGUUUUUCGUCGACUAAAUAGGGCUGCCCAUC